AAGAAGCGUGAACCGGAAGUUUCGGAAGCUCCUUUUCCUGACGAAGCUAGAUAAACAAACAAAAGCAAGGCAUUAUAUCACAUAUAUUUGUCUUUAUUUAUUACUCUGAGCUAAUUUUUAUUUGUUUUUAUUUAUAGAUAUGUCUACCGGGAACAGUUUGUUCCCGUGAGUCUCUACUAAACGAGGCAAAGAAGAGCUAGCAUUCUCCUUGCUAAGUUAGCUGGCAGGCUGUGUAGCUUGUAGUUGUUAGCUCGUCAUGUUUGUUUUAGUGCUGGAGCGAAGGAGCGCGACAUGAUGGCAUGAAACUGUCGCAGUGUUAGCAAGUAGCUACACUCUAACCUAAAGAUUGGACGGUUUUGGGCAACUUGGCGCAAGUUUUAAUCGGAACUGAAGUCCCUAAAAUCCCCACACAGUCACCAUGGCGUGGGCUCUGAAGUUGCCUCUCACGGAUGAAGUGAUUGAGUCCGGACUGGUCCAGGACUUUGAUGCCAGCCUGUCAGGCAUUGGGCAGGAGCUCGGUGCUGGGGCAUACAGCAUGAGUGAUGUCCUCGCCCUGCCCAUCUUCAAGCAGGAGGAAUCCAACCUGCCUCCAGACGGCGACAAUAAGAUCCUUCCCUUUCAGUAUGUUCUGUGUGCAGCUACCUCGCCAGCCGUUAAACUGCAUGAUGAAACACUCACCUACCUCAACCAAGGGCAGUCCUAUGAAAUUAGAAUGCUUGACAAUCGGAAGAUUGGGGAACUUCCGGAAAUCACUGGUAAAAUGGUGAAGAGCAUCAUCCGUGUGGUGUUUCAUGACCGACGACUUCAGUACACAGAGCACCAGCAGCUGGAGGGCUGGCGCUGGAACAGGCCCGGGGAUCGCAUCCUCGACCUGGAUGUCCCCAUGUCCGUCGGCAUAAUCGACCCCAGGGCUAACCCUACUCAGCUUAACACUGUGGAGUUCCUUUGGGACCCAUCGAAACGAACCUCAGUUUUUAUCCAGGUACACUGCAUCAGCACAGAAUUCACCAUGCGCAAACAUGGAGGAGAAAAGGGUGUGCCUUUCCGGAUCCAGAUCGACACGUUUAAAGAGAACGAGAAUGAAGAGUACACAGAGCACCUCCACUCUGCCUCCUGCCAGGUCAAAGUCUUCAAGCCUAAAGGUGCAGACAGAAAACAGAAGACUGACAGGGAGAAGAUGGAGAAGCGGGCGCCACAGGAAAAGGAAAAGUACCAGCCCUCCUACGAAACCACAAUCCUGACAGAGUGCUGUCCCUGGCCUGAGGUCACAUAUGUCAACAACUCCCCGUCUCCUGGCUUCAACAGCACACACAACAGCUUCCCAGUUGUGGAAGGAAAUGGAUCACCAAACCACCAGCCCGAGCCUGUCGUUCAGGCAUCAGAUAAUUUGUUACCCACAGCAACACCGCAGGAUGCACAACAGUGGCUUUUAAGGAACCGCUUCUCACCCUUCUGUCGGCUCUUCACCAACUUUUCAGGGGCAGACCUGUUGAAACUGACCAGGGAGGAUGUUAUUCAGAUCUGUGGGCCUGCUGAUGGAAUAAGACUCUUCAAUGCACUGAAGGGACGGGUGGUACGCCCGAGGUUGACCAUCUACGUUUGCCAGGAGUCUCAGCAGGCACGGGAGCAGCAACCGAAACAUGAAAACGGUGAUGCUGCCGCCAACACUUUCUUUGUGUAUCACGCCAUUUACCUGGAGGAGCUCACAGCCACUGAGCUGACAGAGAAGAUCGCUCAGCUCUUCAACAUCUCACCCAGACAGAUAAAUCAGAUCUUCAAACAGGGUCCCACAGGCAUCCACGUGCUGGUCAGCGAUGAGAUGAUUCAGAACUUUCAGGAUGAAGUAUGUUUCGUUUUGGACACAAUGAAAGAUGACACGAAUGACGGCUACCACAUCAUCUUGAAGUGAAUAACUGGGCAGGAGAAAAGCGUUGCUCUCUUCUUUAGACCCGAUCCAGUCAGCCCCUCUAGAGCUUCAUGUUCCUUGCUGUUCCUGGAAAAUGUGGGGAUGCCCCAGAGAAACGUCUCGAGGCUGCUAGGAGGAACAUGCGACUGAAGCACCCAGCCCUCUCCUCACUAUACCUUAUUGUCUUACUUUUGAGGUAGUGACUGUAACCACAGUAAAGUGAACAAACUCCUUCUGCCCCCGCCAUUGUCCCCCCCGCCCGUAAAUGGUUGCAUCUUUCUCUGUCGCUUAUGUCUCAUGAAAGAGGUUAGUGGCACCGCAGCUGCUAUCACUGUUUAUUUGUUAGCUGAGCAUCUGGUGUGCCAAAGCUCUGUGCUUCAGAAACAGUUUGUCGUCUCUUUGAAAACCAACAACCAAAAGGAAAAAUCAAAGCGACAAAAAAAACGAAAGAUAGUGACUAUGUCAGGACUUGACUCUCCGCCUGCAGUGCAGCAUGAUUUCUUCUUCUCAUGCUAGGUUGCCUUACCAGGAUCCACUUAAGCCAGUCUGCAAGAAACACGGUAUAGCAAACACAAUCACAGAGUCGCAUCAAAGAAUCACAGGUGGCAUCAAAUCAGCAAUCAUGACUUCAAGGGAAACCAGCUGUCCUCAAUAAUGACUACCUAACAAUGUCAGUCUUUUACCGGUUUGAACUGUUAAUUUUGAGAAAACAAAUAAUCAUUUCCAGACUCCCAAACACUGUUAGAUCCCCGUAGUUAGUGUAGAGCUCAUACUGACACUCGUGGUUGUUACUUAUGAACCUUGAAAGAUGACGAAACACUGUCUGUGUUAGUGAUCGCAGUGGCAACACCAGCAAACUGUCUCUAGUCCAUGUGCUUCCUCUCCCUCUCCGCUUAUUUAGCUCAUCACCUCUUCAUUCUGUUCAUUUUUGGCCGUUCUCCAGCAUUAUUUGUAAAUAGAUCAUUAUUUUUAAAAUGUUUUCAUAAAGAAUCAUGUGCUUAUUUGGCAGUUUUAAAAGAAAAUAGUCUUUGUUUUUUAAAAACAAACUUACAUCUCUUCAUUGUUUUUUGGAUGUUACCACUUCCAGAUACUAAUACAUAUAAUGGAGCUGUUGGCAUGCGAAAAGAUAUGGUUAGUUUAUGUUCUGUCCAUUGUGCUGCUUACACGAAAUUGAUAGCUUGACAUUUUAGAUAUUCAAUUUUACCCCCCCCCAACCCCAUCUCAUCAGCGUUAUUAAAAUGCUUACCCAUGUACUGCGCGCCAUCUGUUGUCUGUCUCCUUACAGUGUUUGCAAAAAUAAAAAAAAUGUGAUUUUUAACAGUAUCUUAAAUGUUCUUGAGCUCAUCAGGGAAAAGUAAUAAUUCAUAUUAAAGAUUCAGUGUGUGAGAGGUUUGGGUGAUUUAGUGGCACCUAGUGGUGAGGAUUGCAGAUUUCAACCAGCUGAAAUGUCUCGGUCAGUGUUCAUUGUUUAAGAGGUU